UUUGAUUCAUUCGUUCAGACCUUGUUUCCAUAGAAUGCUACGAAAAGUUCAGACAAAAGAAGGUAUCAUUACCUGUGGCGUGGCCUCAAUUGUUUGCUCAAUUGUGUUUAUUUCCUUACAAGAUGGCUUGUUUUACACUGAUGGCGGUGACCUGGUUUAUCAUAUUUCUGCAAUAGAAAUAAUCGGAGGAAUUGUACUAAUUGUUGGCGCUGUAAAGGAUAAAUACAAGUUAUACUUUCCAUGGCUUAUAACGACUGCAGUUUUUAUCUAUGGGCUAAUAUACGCUGGUAUAUAUACGGCAACAUCUAUAUAUGAUUUUGGUGAGAAUAUGAUCUGCUGGAGUGUAUUGAUUUUAUUCUCGGCAUUUCUGGGCUUAGCCAUGUAUGCAGUUUAUAUUGUAUAUGAACAAAAGCGAUUAGCUAAUCAACCAGCCUUUAAUCAGUCGGAUGCACCACCAGUAUACAGCCCAACAAGUGAGAAAACUUGGCAUAUUAAUAUAUAAAAAGUGUAAAUGAUUACGAAUUUAUAGCAAUAAUAAAAAGCUUUUUAAUCACUACA